AUGCUGCAUCAAGUGCCAGAUUAUUCGAAGAAGCGUAUCGGUCCCGGAGAAGAUGGUACUGGAGUAUAUUUGACAGGAAAACAAAAAGUACAAGGAGAAGCAGACAUGAAAAAAUGGUUCAUGAAUUUGGUUGCAAGUGAUUUGAUAUCACUGGAUCGGAGUUUGCCAGAUCAUCGCCACAAACAGUGCCAUAAAAUCAGUUAUUCUGAUGAUUUACCAGUUGCUUCUGUGGUGAUUAUUUUUACUGAUGAAGCAUGGUCACCUCUAAUGCGAACAGUGCAUUCCGUAAUCAAUAGAACACCACUUAAAUUGCUACAGGAAAUCAUUCUAGUCGAUGAUUUUAGUCAGAGAGAUGAGUUAAAGGAAAAGCUAGAAGAAUACAUUAAACGGUUUGGUAACAAAGUACGUUUGGUACGAGCGCGAGAACGGCAAGGUUUGAUACGAGCGAAAUUAUUAGGUGCAAAAGAAGCAGUUGGUGAUGUAUUGGUAUUUCUUGAUUCUCACUGUGAAGUAGGGGAAGGAUGGUUAGAGCCACUGUUGGCACGUAUCAAAGAUAAACGGUCAGCUGUUCUUUGUCCUAUAAUUAAUCAUAUAUCAGCAGAAACAUUAACUUAUUCGGCUAAUGAUCGCCCUAUGAAUGUUGGUGGGUUUUCGUGGAGCCUUCAUUUUUUGUGGGAUCCUAUGCCGAAGGAAUAUUCCGAUGCUGAUCCCACGGAACCAAUCAGGUCUCCAACGAUGGCAGGUGGUCUUUUAGCAGUAGAUAGGUCAUAUUUCUUCGAAGUUGGUGGAUAUGAUCCUAAAAUGGAUAUAUGGGGUGGAGAAAAUCUUGAAAUGUCAUUUAGGGUGUGGAUGUGUGGUGGAAGUAUUGAAUUUAUUCCUUGCUCACAUGUUGGCCAUAUAUUUCGAGAUGGUCAUCCUUAUAAUAUGAUUGGGCCUGGUGACAAUAAAGAUGUGCAUGGUACCAAUUCAAAAAGACUUGCAGAAGUGUGGAUGGACGAUUACAAAAAAUUUUAUUAUAUCCAUCGAUUAGAUUUGAAGGGAAAAGAUGUUGGUGAUCUCUCGGAAAGAAGAGCUUUGCGCCAAAAAUUGAGAUGCAAAUCAUUUAAGUGGUAUUUGCAAAACGUUGCAAAAAAUAAAUUUGUUUUAGAUGAAAAUGUUGUAGCAUUCGGCGCGCUGCGAAAUCCAUCAAGUGAACUUUGUUUGGAUACACUACAACGUAAUGAAGAUGAAGUUAUACCUCUUUGUGUCUUUUCAUGUCAGAAUGGUAAAAGCCAAUCUCAAAUAUUUUCUUUGACAAAUGAUGGAAUACUGAGACGUGAGUUAACUUGCGCAAAAAUUGAUCGGGAUACUGUAGGAACUAAUAAGACGAUUGUUCAAUUAGUGCAUUGUGGAGAAGAAGAGAAAGAAGACAAAUGGAUUUUGAAGGAUGGAAAAUUACGAAAUGAGAAUAUGGAUUUGUGUUUGGAUGUUACAGGACUGAAGAAUAAUGAUAAUAUUAUUGCACGCAGUUGUAUAAGCGAUUUAGAUACACAAAAAUGGGAAAUUCUAAAGGUCGAUUUCUAA